UGCAGGUCCAGACACUGACACGACCGUAUUUUUGUUGUCUGCCGGCAGAAAAACUUCUCAGGUGAUGCUUAGUUUUUAAAAAGUCUGAUCUCCAUCACCUGUUGUACAUAAUGAAGGAUUUGUCGCGGCUUUUGUAUGAAAUGUUUGGGAUGUUUUUCAUGGCUACUGCUUUUCUCACACCGCAUGUGUGGGCCCAAGUGAACACGCAGGGUUUUGUGGUGGAGGCGAGGAACAUCACAGUAUCUGAGGGGUCAAGGCUCGUUCUGCCAUGUCAUAACCAGCAAAUUGUGUGGAGGCAGGAUCAUCUCCGGGACCGGCAACGUGUGGUGCACUGGGACCUGAACCGCAACCGUCCUGAUUACACAGUUGAGCGUGUUCUCGACAUGUUCUCAGGAGGGACAGAGCGUGUCUAUAAUGCUUACAACAAGGGCCGGGUCACUGUGUCCAAAGAAGCCUUUAGUGACGGCAACUUCUCUCUCAUCAUCCAUAAUGUUGAUAUGAAUGAUAAAGGGAUCUAUACUUGCAACCUGCAUCACCAUUACUGCAAGAUAGACCAGUCUAUUCAAAUCCAGUUGAACAUCACUAAGUCACCACGUAAGGAGAGGCGUGUAUGGGAUGGGGAGAAGUCUAUCUUUGUGGUGUUGGAGGGCAGCAGUGUGGUCUUGCCCUGUAUAAACAGAAGGCCUCUUUGGAGGGGAGGGCUCCAAGAGGACCAGCAGCAGGUUGUGCACUGGGACUUUCAGCGUCCAGGGGUGAGGCGUGAUCAGGCCGACCGGCUUCUCGAUCUGUACGCCUCUGGAGAGAAGCGGGAGUACGGGCCACUGUACCUCAGCAAGAUGCACAUCUCAGAUGAUGCCUUCCUCAUGGGUGAUUUCUCUCUCACAAUUGAUGACAUCCAGCCGUCUGAUAAAGGCCUGUACUCCUGCCACCUGCACCACCACUACUGCGGCCUUCACGAAAGACGCAUCUUCCGGGUGAUUGUGGGGCCCCCUUUGCCUCCUACAGCUGUCCCUACUGAGGCUCUGACCACUACACCUGCUCUUGUUAAAACCACACAACCCCCACAAGCCACACACAAAAACCCUGAUAUAAACAAGGUGGAAGCCUCACAUGUGUUUAACGUCAUCCUGCCUGAGAGCCAGACUCACCUCUUACACCAGGCUGGUUAUAUCCUGGCUUUCUUCCUGCUGCUGCUGUUGAUGCUUAUAGGAAUCAUCAUAACCACAAGACACUGCAAAAAGAAAGGACUGGAGUAUGACAUUCGGAGGGCUGACCGGAGUCACAGGAUGGAGAUUGAAAUGCAAGCUACUGAACUGAGACCCUACAAUCAGGAAGUCCGGCUUGACUACAAGAACAACAUAAUGAAAGAGAGAGUGGAGAUGAACAACUAUUGCGCCCCGAAAGAGAUCGAUCUCAACAAAGAAAUGGAGAAAUAUUCACGUAAGUAACUGAUGACAGGCUGCUGGCUGGUCCAGGGCAUGCUCUACAGGAUUCAGGAAAACUGCAGGAGUACACAAUUGAAGCUUUACUGUACACUUCACCGGAGACUCUCUAAAUCCAAACAUCCAAAUUGUAGUAUGUCUGUUUUGAAUGUAAAGAAUUGCAGUGGUUUGUGCAAAAAACACCUUUUUUUCCUUGAAGUCAUGUGUGUGGUGUCAGUAGGUCAAGGUCAGUUGAUAUUUUAUGGUAUAAAUGUAGUGUGCUGUAUUUCUAAUCUGUUAUAAGUGAAAACAAAUGCAAUGGAAAGCAAUAAUGGAUAGUGAUGGCAGUUUCACUAAACACUCUUGCCCUGCUAACUUGAGCUCUCCUGAUAGUACUUUUUAGAAUAAACGCAUUGAAUGCUUUUACUGAAACCAAAUGAAAUGUGUCUGAGCGAGGCUGAUUAAAAAAACACUCAGGAAGUUAACUAUUUGUGGUAAGAGGGCUGCAAACCACAAGAUGUGGUAUGUACUUAUGUAAGUGGUAUGACCUGCUCAUGUCUCCUUUAUAUAUUUACCGAAAUAUUCUGUGUAUUUUAGUGCCGUUUUCCAUGCCUGUCGGUAGUCCUUUCUUCUAUCUACUUUUAAUGUUUAUGCGCACAGCACUAUGCAAUUUGUGUUAUCCUGCCACAUGAUAGACGCACCGAGAGAAUAGCCGUUUCGAUUUCAUAAUUAGGUCUAGAAGUGUGCAUUACACAGAAUUGAGAAAGCUAUGUAUAUUUAGUUUGCAUUUAUUACAUUUAUUUUCUCUUAGUAUGGCCCAGGAUUGCAAUCACGGUCUCGUACGACGCUGAUCUUUAUGACUCAGUUUUGGGCUUUUGAGAAACAACACACUGACUCAGAAGAUCUUAGGUGACCUUACAGCUUUAUUACGCACUGCUUUUAUGAAACAGCUAUGGAACUGAAAUGGCUGCAAAAAAAAAAAAGCAGAUUCUACUGGUAUGAAGAGCUUUGUACAAAACUUUUCGAGUUCAAUAAACUACAUUUUUGAAUCUG